AUGUCGAGCCUCUUCGGGACGUCGGCGACGGCCGCGAGCUCGAGCACCUCCAACGCAGUUGGCGACCUCAAGUCCGACGUGGCGCUGAGUGAUCCUCCCACGGACACCAUCACAGCGCUUACCUUUUCGCCGGGCCAGAGUCAGCAGGACUUCCUUGCUAUCUCUAGCUGGGAUAACAAAGUUCGCAUCUACGAGAUUGCCCAGAAUGGCCAAAGCCAGGGCCGCCACGCGUUUGAGCACACCCAGCCCGUCUUUGACUGCGACUUUUCCAAGGAUGGAACCAAGGUCGCGUCGGCAUCGGCCGACAAGAAUGUCAAGGUCUGCGAUCUCGCCUCUCAGCAGGACAUUGUCAUCGGCACCCACGACCAGCCCGUACGUUCGUGCCGCUUCUUUGACAACAGCGGCACGCCAAUGGUGGUGACAGGCUCGUGGGAUAAGACGGUCAAGUACUGGGACCUGCGUCAACAAGGCGCCGCCGCGACGGUGCAGUGCCAGGAACGCGUAUAUACGAUCGACGUGCGCGACAACCUGUGCGUCGUGGGCACGGCCGACCGCUACAUCAACGUCAUCAACCUCAAGGACCCGACCAAGAUCUACAAGACGCUUCAGAGCCCCCUAAAAUGGCAAACCCGUGUAGUUAGUUGCUUCACGGACGCUGCUGGCUUUGCCAUCGGCAGCAUCGAAGGUCGCUGUGCGAUCCAAUAUGUCGAGGAUAAGGAUUCUACAUCAAACUUCUCCUUCAAGUGUCACCGCGACGCCGCGGUCAACAACACAGUGGCCGUCCACGCCGUCAAUGCCAUCUCGUUCCACCCCGUCCACGGCACGUUCAGCACCGCCGGUUCCGAUGGUACCUUCCACUUCUGGGACAAGGACGCCAAGCACCGCCUUAAGGGCUACCCCAACGUCGGUGGUAGUAUCACCGCCACCACCUUCAACAAGACCGGCACCAUCUUUGCCUACGCCGUCGGCUAUGACUGGAGCAAGGGCUACCAGCAUAACACGCAAAACUACCCAAUCAAGGUCAUGCUGCACCCGGUUAACGGCGACGAGUGCAGGCCCCGGCCCUCUACGAAGAAGCGGUAG